CCUGUUUACAAGGUUUCGCUUUAAUCCAAUGUGUUUUGUUAGUGACGUGCCUUGUUCCUAUUGUCUGCAGCAGAGGGAAGGGUGUGUACUGGGGACGUGGGCUGACUGGCUGACGGCAGUAUUUUCUAGCGGUGGUGGCGCAGCAUCCUUUGUAUCAUGUAGCCUUGGUGCGGUGCAUGCCGAUUAAGGGUGGAGACAGUUAUCGUUGUCAGGAUCAAGGAUAUUCGUCGGAGGAAGUACAUGUAGUCUACGUCCGUGUGAUUAGGUGUGCCCGAGUACAGAAUGUUACAAUUUUCUGCGAAGGCUAUGAAAUGGCUUACCUGGGUACCGCUCGGUGGAGGAUGCUUCGAGGAAGAGGCGCAACAUGAGUCAUCUUGAUGCGCUAUUAGCGACAUACAGUGGCUUUUGAUUGUGUUGCGGAGAAAUCCAUUUUUAUGGUCAAGGAAGAAAUAUGUCGAGACCGAAACCGUGCGAGGCGGUGAAGGUGGUGGUGCGAUGCCGCCCAUUUAACAGGAGAGAGGAGACUAUGGACAACGAUAACAUAUUGGAGGUGAAUUCAGAACUGGGGCAGAUCACAUUGAGGAACCCGAGGGCGUCACCUGAAGAGCUCAUGAAAUCAUUCACCUUUGAUGCGGUCUACGACUUUGAGUCGAAACAGAGCGAUAUUUAUGACGAUACUGUCAGACCUCUUGUAGACUCCGUGUUACAAGGAUUCAAUGGGACCAUAUUUGCUUAUGGGCAGACUGGGACAGGUAAAACAUACACGAUGCUAGGUAUGCCCACAGACAAUGAGAGAGGGAUCAUCCCAAAUUCAUUUAACCACAUUUUUACACAGAUCUCCAGGUCUCAGAAUCAGCAAUAUUUAGUGAGGGCAUCCUAUCUAGAGAUCUAUCGGGAGGAGGUCAGGGAUCUGUUAUGUAAAGACAAGAAACUAGAUCUCAAAGAGAACCCAGAUUCAGGGGUCUAUGUCAAAGACCUGUCUUCGGUUGUCACCAAGAAUGUCAUGGAGCUCGAACAUGUCAUGAACAUAGGAGAUGAGUCCAGGUCUGUGGGGUUUACCAACAUGAACGAACGCAGCUCGCGGUCCCAUGCCAUCUUCAUGAUCACAGUGGAGUGCAGUGAGAAGGGUGCAGAUGGAGAGGACCACAUACGGGUUGGGAAGCUGAACAUGGUUGAUCUGGCUGGCAGCGAACGCCAGAGCAAGACAGGUGCUAAAGGGGAGCGCCUGAAAGAGGCCACUAAAAUCAACCUGUCCCUCUCAGCACUGGGUAAUGUCAUCUCAGCUCUGGUGGAUGGGAAGAGCACCCACAUCCCUUACAGGGACUCUAAACUGACCCGUCUACUCCAGGAUUCACUGGGUGGCAAUGCUAAGACAGUCAUGGUAGCCACUCUGGGACCAGCGUCCAAGCACUAUGAAGAAUCCCUGACCACCCUACGGUAUGCCAACCGGGCCAAAAAUAUAAAAAACAAACCCAAAAUCAACGAGGAUCCAAAGGAUGCUCUGCUGAGAGAGUUCCAGGAGGAGAUCGCCCGCCUGAAGGCCCAGCUGGAGGAGCGAGGGAUGCUGGCCAAGGAGAGGAGGAGGAGAAGGAGGAAUAGCAGAAGACUGACUAAAAGCAUGAUUGUUGAGGAUGUAGCCCACAGAGAAAGGGAUGCGGAACUGUGGAAGGCACUGGAAGCGGAAUGGAAGCAGAAUGAGGAAUACUAUAUAAAGGAAGAAGAUGAAAGCAAGGUGAAAGAAGAGGAGGAAAAAGGGAUAAGUAGAUUCAACUCCGUGGAUAACUCUGUAGAAGGCAGUCCCAAAACAACUGUAACCUCCAGAAUACCAAUACAUAGAUUUAGCUCUGUGGAGGAUAGCCCCAAAAAGGCUUUUCCCACCAGUACCCAUAGCAGUCCAGGGGCCAGAGAGAAAUGGAAGCCAUUUGGUGAAAAAGAGCAGAUGGAAAAGGAAAGGAUGAUGGACGACAUGCAGAAGGAACAGGAAGCUAUGGAAAAGAUUAUUGAGAAAUAUAAGGUGACAAUAAAUAUAUUAUUUUCUCUGUGUAUAUGAGACAAUAAUGUGCAUUUUGAUAUCAUGUUUAAUAUGGUACAUUAUUUAUUGGUGAUACAGAGGGUCCGUCUUUCCAAUAAUCAACCAUCCAUAUGGCCAUGUAUCUUUCUCCAGGCUAUGGAGAGCAAAAUAUUGGCUGGGGGAAAGAACAUUAUUGACCACACUAAUGAGCAACAGAAGAUGCUGGAAUUGAAGAAGCAAGAGAUUGCAGAACAGGUGAGAGGUCGUCUAUAAACCAAUAGUCUAUGUUCAUUUGAUAGAUUGAGGGGGUCAUGGAGAAGGCACAAAACAACUAGGCUAUCCCUCUAGUAUAUCAGAAAUAGUGCUGUGUCUGAUGACCAUGAUGAAAGUGGUCAUUCGAUAUUAUUUAAUGUUUCUCGAUGUACAUGCAGGUUCAUUCAUUGAUUAUUUUCUCUGUGUUCUCUUAGAUUUUGGUCAGCACCGUAGAGAGCGGCGAUGAUAUUUUUUUUCAAAUCGUAUAUUGUUUGUGUGCAGGCUAGGCCUCGCUUUAUUGUGUUUGCAUGAAUUAAACAUGACUACACAAAGGAAGUUCCCACACUGGAAAAUAAAAGUACUUUUUAUUUGUAUUUGUAUUUAGAUAAGACGGGAAAGAGAGAUCCAGCAGCAGGUGAUGGCUCAGGAUGAGGAGACAGGAGAGCUGAGAGAGACCUUCUCCUCCUUGCAGCAGGAGGUGGAUCUCAAGACCAAGAAGCUGAAGAGGGUAAGAUGGAUGACUAACCAGCAGGGUUGGGGUCAAUUCCAUUUAAUUCCAGUCAAUUCAGAAAGUAAACCAAAUUCCAAUUCUACAUUUUCCUAAUUGAAAAGCAUUGAAGAGAUUUGAAAUGUCAGUGUACUUUCUGAAUUGACUGGAAUUGAAAUGGAAUUGACCCCAACCCUGCUAACCAGUCCUUCCAUAUCUCUAAAGCCCAUCAGGGAUCAUUAUCAUCACCUUAUGUUUAAUUUAAAGUGAUUUUAGACAGUGUUUUGAUGCAAAAUCCUAUUCCCUCAUUUCUGGUUGUUUUGAUUAGAAUGUUAAUAUUUUAAUGGUUGUGUUCUCCUAUUGUGUUUCCUACCUCGUUGAUCCAGUUGUAUGCCAAGCUGCAGUUGGUGAAGGCAGAGAUUGGGGAUGUCAUUGAUGAGCAUGUAGUUACUAGACAGGAGCUUGAGCAGACACAGAAUGAACUCACCAGAGAACUCAAGUUCAAGUGAGUAUUAAUAAUGUAUAAUCACACAGGCACGCACACACAUGCGCACACGCAAACACACUACCCCAAUUGGUUCACUUUUCACAAUAUGUUUUUAUGUGUUACCUGCAGGUAUCUCUUAAUUGAGAAUUUCAUCCCUCCCAAAGAAAAGAACAAGAUUAUGAACCGGCUUCACUUUGACAGUGAGGAGGACCAGUGGAGGUAUAGGCCCUUCCUUCCUUCAGAAAGGUCAGUGAGUUCAGAUAGUCUAUGCUAGUCUAUACUAGUCUAUACUAGUCUAUGAAUUUAAUACUCUGUUAUUGCAAUGGUACUACAUAUAUUAUUGACUGGUGCUGAAAGGACAGCCCUGCUAAUCGGCCAGGUACUGUAUAAAGGUAGCGGUGGCCAGGGCAAACGUUGUGGUGCUGAAAGGACAGCUCUGCAACGCCAGUUACAAUAAUAUCACCUGAUGAGGGUAGUCACAAUUUGAUUAUUUCCUUGUAUCUCAAGUCAGUUGUUUCUGAAAUAUGAAAUCGAGGUUACUUUGUCACAUUAAGAUACUGUCUAUUAUUUUCUUUGCACUCCUUAACCAACUUCUAAACUAGCCUUUCCUCCCUUGCACAUCUUAUUGCAGUAAAUCAGCUCAUCAGGUGAAGCGAAGGCCCACGUCUGUGGUGGGAUACAAGAGACCUAUCAGCCAAUAUGCACAGAUGGCUGUCACAACAGGAGCUCCAUCUAGAUACCGGGUGGGUUGGUGCUUGGUUUUUUAUCUAUGGAACAUUUUUCAUAUCUGAGAUUGAAUUUAAAGGAAAAGUUUUCUUUUUUUUUACAACCAAAUCUAAAUGUUUUACGUAAAUGGCAUGUUAUAGAAGGGUCCAGACACCUUUUUGUGAUUUCACUUGUUUUUGAGAAACUUACCCCAAACGGCAAAUCACUUCCUCAUCCUCGUUGUGUAGUAUGGGGGCCAUGAAAACACAUGAACAAAGGCUCCGAAAACACCCAAAUAUGUGUUAUAUUAAACUCCCUCUCUCUUUCACUCUCAUUCAUUAUUUCUAUAGGCUGAGAAUGUGAUGUUUCUGGAGCUAGAUAUGAGCCCACCCAGCAUGUACAACCUCAACCUUAACGGAGCACACCUGGAGCAGGCCUUUGGAGGUCCUGGUAGUCCCAGGAGAGACUUGCUAGCCAACGUCCCCUUCAGGGACAGGACCACUGUAUCAAGAAGGGUCCGGAAGUCACGAUCCUGGUGAGUUACCUGUAGUAACCUGGUGAGUUACCUGUAGUAACCUGGUGAGUUACAGUACCUAUAAUAACCAGGUGAGUUACCUGUAGUAACCUGGUGAGUUACCUGUAGUAACCUGGUGAGUUACAGUACCUAUAAUAACCAGGUGAGUUACCUGUAGUAAUCUGGUGAGUUACCUGUAGUAACCUGGUGAGUUACCUGUAGUAACCUGGUGAGUUACAGUACCUAUAAUAACCAGGUGAGUUACCUGUAGUAACCAGGUGAGUUACCUGUAGUAACCUGGUGAGUUACAGUACCUAUAAUAACCAGGUGAGUUACCUGUAGUAACCUGGUGAGUUACAGUACCUAUAAUAACCAGGUGAGUUACCUGUAGUAACCUGGUGAGUUACCUGUAGUAACCUGGUGAGUUACAGUACCUAUAAUAACCAGGUGAGUUACCUUGUAGUUAACGACUGGUGAGUUACAGUACCUAUAAUAACCAGGUGAGUUACCUGUAGUAACCUGAUGAUUUAAAACUGUAGAGGAGGACACUCAGAGUUGCUACAGUAUUUGCUGAUUAACUGUUACGUGAUUUGUCCUACCUACUUUACUAAUAAUUGGCAGCAUUUAGAACCAUGCAUAUCGGAAUUUGAUUUCUGACACGUUUCAACAAAACAGAAUAGAUGUACAACUAUUUUUGCUAUGUUAGGCCUACUCUUGAGACAGCAUUUCUUUGACAAUCUUUGUUGCAGCUAAACAAAAAUCCAUAUGAAAGGAUCCAUAUAAGAAGAUACUCAAGUUGCCAGCUGAAUACGUAACAUGUAUACCCUCUUCUUCAUUCCCAGGUACCAGGCACCUCGCUCAUCCUCUUCAUGUGUCUCAUCCUCUUCAUCAUCCAGCUCUAUAACAUCAGGGCCCCAGACCCAGUGCUCUCCUCACCCCCAGAGACCUUCCUCAGCCAUCUACACUCCAUUGGAAGGUUCCAUUCCAGGGGGCCCCUGAGUCUAGAUUCUAGAACAUUCCAAUGUUCCAAUGUAUAUCAUAUAUGCCUAUUUGCUAGGUCGAAAAUAUACAGGUUAGGACAAUGUAAUAAUUC